GGCGGCGGCGGCGGCGGCGCGCGGGUCAAGGGGCGCGAGGCGAGGCGCGGGGCGCGGGGCGCGCGGCGCUCAGUCGAGUCGAGCCCGUGGGGUCGGCCGGGCGCGCAGCGAGCAGCGCAGGCCGAGAGCGAGAGCGAGCGCGAGCGCCGCCGCCGCAGGGAGUGGCACUGGCAGAGCCAUGCACGGCGCGGGAGUACCCGGCGGCCCGUCGGCCGUCCGCUUCGGCCACUACCAGCAGCAGCAGCAGCCGCAGCCGCAUCACCACUACCAGCACCACCCCCAUCACCACCUGCACUCGCACCAGCCGGCGCACCACGCCGCCCAGGCCGCGCUCGCGGCCGGCCGGCCGCCCAAGACGGGCCUCUGCAGCAACGUCGAGAACUACAUCUCCGAGCUGGGGCACUGGGCGGUCUGGCGGGCGAUAAUCAUGGGUCAGUUCUUGUCGCUGGUGCUGUGCCUGAUGACGCUGCUGAACCACCACAUCAACACCUCGUACCGCAUCAACCUGCCGACAGGCCAGAACCUGGCCCACUACGCGAUGAUGCUGCUGGUCUACACGAGCUGGAUGUCGUGCCGGGGCGCGGGCAACGGCCUGUUCUCGGUGAUGCGCGCGCGCGGCUGGCGCUACCUGCUGCUCGCCCUCAUCGACGUGGAGGCCAACACGCUGAUCACGGCCUCGCAUCAGUUCACCAGCCUGGCCAGCAUUCAGUUGCUGGACUGCGUGGCCAUACCGGUGGCGCUGGCGCUCUCCUGUCUGGUGCUCGGGGUGCGCUACCGCAUGGUGCACAUCGUCGGCGUGUCCGUCUGCCUGAUGGGGGUCGGCUGCCUCGUGUGGGCCGGCAUCGAGGACAACAAGGAUCCCGCCUCCGCUGGCAAAAAUCAACUGGUGGGUGACAUGCUCUGUCUUGGCGGGGCCGUCUUGUUUUCGAUCAUCACCGUCUUGCAAGAGCUGGCUGUCAAGUCGAUCGACAUCAUCGAAUAUCUGGGAAUGAUGGGCUUUUUCGGAACGAUACUCUGCGGCUCGCAAAUCGCCGUUUUGGAGAAAGUGCAGAUCGAGAGCUUCCCAUUCGACAACGUUCUGCUCAUGACGUUCUUGGUAGUCUACUGUAUAACGCAGUUUGUGUUUUACUCCCUCGUUCCAGUGGUUUUGUACGAAACAGGUGCAACAGCGCUCCAACUGACCUUGCUUACAGCCGACAUUUUCAACAUACUUUUCGGCAUGUUGCUGCACAAAUACAAGUUUCACACGCUGUACUUCCUGUCGUACAUGCUGACCAUGACGGGCAUCUACAUCUACGCCAUCAAGCGCACGCCGAUGUCGUCGGGCUCGCGGCGCCAGCAUCAGCAUCACCAGCCGCACCACCACCAGCAGCAGCAGCAGCAGCAGCAACAGCACGAGCCCACGGCGGCCGACUACAGCGACGUGAUUUUAAGGCACAUGCAGCAGCAGCAGCAGCAGCAGCUGGACGGCGGCGCGGACGCGGAGCUGGCGACGAGCUCGGGCAUGAGCGGCGCCGGCGGCACCCUGGACCACGCGCGCGGCCCCUCCAGCCUGGGCUGCGACGGCAGCUCGCUGCCGCUCAGCGUCAGCUCGGACACGGCCUUCACCUCGUUCUACGGCAGCCAGGCCAACCUGAAGCCCAGCCGCUCGCAGGCGCGCCUCGCGGCGGCCGGCUCGCCCUCCGGCUCGGGCGCGCGCGAGCCCGGCUGCCCCAGCGCCACGCUGCGCUCCGCCUGAUCGCCCAGGU